AUGUCUGGUCCUUCACGUUCAUCAAAUAACGAGGGUCGGCGCGGUGGGCGACCUGUCCUACCCCCCAUUCGAGAUCUCUUUCCAGAUCAUCUCGCCGGGCAUUCGCAAGGCUCCUCCCAAGAGCCGCCGUACCUGACCCUUGCUCAGCUACGCGUGAGUGACGACGACGACAGGUCACCUCGACCACCGUCAAGGUUGAUUGGGCCAGGAUAUCAUCCUUCGACGCACUUUCCUACUGCGAGCGCGCAUCAGCAUCCUCGCGACCCCGUGCAACCUCACCCUCGUCAUCCGCAGGCUUAUCAGUAUCCUCGCUAUGAUUCACCUGACCCUUCUUCUCAGCGCCAAGAUAGACGCCAACCCUCCCGCCACGAUGUUGACUCGAGGGCUGAGCACCAUCGUGGGCUUCCAGGUUACCCAUACGAUCCACAGAUGCCCCAAGGUUACCCGCACGGCACUGCUGCACGUGGAACCGAGGCAGCUUACGGUAAUAGACAAGGUCACCCUUCUUGGGAUGUCCCACCUACGUCAUACAGAAUGGGGACACCUCAAGCUUACUACGGAUCUGCGCAAGAUGCUCAUCUUCACCGUCCUAGGACAACGGUGCAGACUAGUAUGGGCUACCAUCGCUCCACCGAAGACGAAGAAAGGACUCCCACCGUCCUUUCUCGUGAAGGGGCGUCGUCGUCGACUGCCUAUACCCAUGGUCACCGGCCCUCAACGGCAGAAAGUACUUCAGAUGCCCCCGAUAGUUCAUCCGCUAAGUACGAGUGCGAAUACUGUGGCAAAGGCUUUAACAGACCAUCCAGCCUCAAGACCCUGCAGAUUCAUCUCAACAGCCACACUGGAGAGAAACCGUUUACGUGCCCCUACCCAGGAUGUGGACGAAGUUUCAGCGUACUGAGCAACAUGAGACGCCACACCCGAGUUCACACCAAUCAGGGUCCGUUGGUUGGUGAAACUGAAGCAAUCGGUCUCUACUCUGACCCGUACGCGGCAACCGCAUCCUCGUCUUCGAUUGGCCAAAGUCAACCAGCACAUGCGCACCACGACGCCUCGUUCACGUCGUACCAUCGCCGUGCCAGCAGUGUUUCCUCUUCCAGCGCUAGCUCCCGUCGCAGCCGAAGCCCAACGCCAGACGAUCCAACGUCUGCAAAAUCUCGUCCUGAGAAACGCAGCCGCCACCAGUACCCUAAGUAA